CCAUCGCCAUCCGGCUCCACACCCAUUUCCGUCUUCGGCACCAAGUACAAAAAGGUUUCAAAGCGUACCUUCCCUGUCUCGACGAUCACACCCGAGGAAUUCCGUAUCGAGCGCCGCAAACCCACCGACCCUCUCGCGAACAUGCGCCCGCUUCCCGCUGUACCUCCACCCUUUGAACCCGGCUUGCGCUAUACCAAGGAACGGAUGCGCGCACAAGAUAUCGACCCACACGGCUUUCUCCUGCCCGAAGAACUUUGCCUCGCACACUGGAUUUUGCGCGAGAACGAGUGCGCGCUCGCCUGGGAUGAGUCCGAGAAAGGACGCUUCUCAGAUGAGUGGUUCGAUCCCAUCCGCAUUCCGACCGUCGAGCACGUUCCCUGGGUCUUCAAAAAUAUCCCGAUUGCACCUGGUAUUCGCGACGAGGUCAUCAAGAUAAUCAAGGCGAAGAUUGCUUCCGGGACUUACGAACAUUCAAACUCGUCAUACCGAUCGGCCUGGUUCUGCGUGCCGAAGAAGGACGGCAAGUCUCUCCGACUCGUUCACGACCUGCAGCCGCUCAACCGCGUGACUAUCCGC